AUGGACAGCCAUCAUUCAUACUCACAAGUCAAAGGUGUCAGCACCGGCACGACCAUCCUUGCUGUCAAGUUCAAUGGAGGAGUUAUCAUCGGGUCUGACUCCAGAGCUUCUAUGGGAGAAUCUUACGUGUCAUCAAAAACCAUCAACAAACUGAUCCAGGUGCAUGAUAGAAUAUUCUGCUGCAUCGCUGGAUCACUGGCUGAUGCACAAGCUGUUACCAAAAUGGCCAAAUUCCAGCUGUCUUUUCACAGCAUUCAGAUGGAAUCUCCUCCCUUGGUAAAAGCUGCAGCAUCCAUCAUGAGGGAACUUUGCUAUAACAAUAAGGAAGAGCUGCAGGCGGGCUUCAUCACAGCGGGCUGGGACAGGAAGAAGGGACCACAGAUAUACGUCGUGUUUGGGAGGAAUGCUACUCAGUCAGCCUUUCACUAUUGGUGGAUCUGGCAGCACGUAUAUCUAUGGUUAUGUGGAUGCCAAAUUCAAACCUGACAUGAGUUUAGAAGAGGCUAUACAGUUUUC